AUGACAUCUGGCGAUCAGACGUGGGACUUUGUCGUCGUGGGCGGUGGACCGGCGGGGUGCGCGCUGGCCUCCACAAUCGCCCGGUCGGCGAGACGCCCGCAGGUGCUGCUGCUGGAGGCCGGCCGUCGCAACGACGACCCGGCCCUUCGCGUGGAUGGCCAGCGGUGGCAGACCUUCAUGAACGGCGAGCUGAACUGGGGCUACAAGACGACGCCGCAGGCGCACUGCAACGGGCGGGAGAUCGACUACUCGCGCGGAAAGGUGCUGGGAGGGAGCAGCGCGAUCAACUUCGGGGUGUACACCGUGGGGGCGCGCGACGACUACAACCAGUGGGCGUCGCUGGUGGACGACGACUUCUUCCGGUGGGAGCGCAUGCAGGCUCGGUUCCGCGGCCUGGAGACCUUCAACGGGGCCAUCGUCGAUGCGACCCACGCCAAAUACGCGGCCCCGAAGACGGCCGAUCAUGGGUCGCGCGGCGGGCUGAAGGUCGGGUACGCGGCCGAGUGGGAGCAGGAUCUUCCUCUCAUGAUGGACGUCUUCGAGCAGGCGGGCCUGGCGCGGAACCCGGAUCACAACUCGGGCGACCCCAUCGGCAUGGCGUUGGUGAUUAACUCGUCGCACCAGGGCCGGAGGGUCACCGCGACGGACCUGCUGACGGGGGCGCCGGCCAACCUGACGGUCAUCACGGAGGCACCGGUGCAGCGGUUGAUACUGGAGGGGACCAAGGCCGUGGGGGUGGACGCGAGGGGUGCACGAUACCUCGCAUCCCGAGAAGUCAUCCUAACGGCCGGAUCUCUCGACACGCCGAAGAUCCUAAUGCACUCGGGGAUCGGGCCAGCCGCACAACUGCAGCAGUUCCAAAUCCCGGUCAUCAACGACCUGCCCGCGGUAGGCCAGGGCCUGCGAGACCACUUCUUCGCGCCGCUGUGCUUCAAGCGCGACCCAGCCACAAACGACCGCAAUGCGUUCUUCGGCUCGCCAGAAGCCAUGGACUCCGCGCUAGCGCAAUGGCAGAAAGACGGCAGCGGGCCGUGGGCACGCCACUCAUGCCAGAUCGCGGCCGGGUGGCUGAAGUCAGACCGUCUGGUAUCAUCGCCCGAGUUCCAGGCCCUCCCGACAUCAGUCCAGUCCUUCCUGCAGCAGCCGACGGUGCCGCACUACGAAUUCAUGACGCAUUUCCCGCUGCACCUGAUCUCGCCCGAGGCGACCCCAGAGUACAGCUACGUGUGCCUGCUGGUAUUCCUCAUGAACGAGCAAUCCAGCGGCGAGGUGCGUCUUCAGUCCUCCGACCCCGAGGUGCCGCUUCUCUUCGACCCGAAGUUCCUCUCCCACCCAUUCGACCGUCGGGCGUGCAUCGAGAUCUACCGCCAGGCACUCGAGGUGACGAAGCACGCAUCCUUCACGAAAGACACGGUGGAGACCUUGAUCGCGCCCCCGUCGGAGUCGGACGACGACAUCCUCGAGUUCUGGCGGAACACGCUCGGGUCGAGCUGGCAUAUGUCGGGGACGGCCAAGAUGGGGAAGCCCGGGGAGAAGGAUGCCGCGGUGGACAGCCGGUUUCGGGUGUUGGGGAUGCAGGGGCUCCGGGUGGCCGAUCUGAGUGUGUUGCCGGUGUUGACGAACAAUCAUACGCAGGCGACGGCGUAUGUCACGGGGGUGACGUGCGGGGAGGCGCUGGUGGCGGAGUAUGGGUUGGAUGGGAAGGAGUCGAGGCUGUAG